UGAAGGGAAGCUGGGAGGCGGGUGUUGUUCCGCUGAAAUUCGUGAUAUUAUGGCUUUAUUCGGUGUGUGCGAUUGUGUUUUCCGUCGAUGUUUGUUCUUCAAUUGAAUGAUGCUUUGCAAUCUCCUGCGCCAACUACGAUCAUACACGAUCAAGAAGCGCGUUGUUGUGAUGCUCGGUUGAAAAGCACCCCCGGGGGCGGAUUAGCUCAUCACGAGAAGGGGCGGUGCGUCAUCUCGAAACUGCAUAAGAAGCCCAUCAUCCCCCCCAUCAGCAAACACUUAUGCGGAGGUGUUUGAUCGUAUUGUAUAAUAUUACACCAACGUGGCGGUUCUCUCUACCAGCAAUCCCCCCUCCACACACUCAUACGGUCAAUUAUCCAGCGUUCUGCUGUGCUCAAGAGAGUGGGGGCCAUCGAUCGUUCUUGCGAGGUGUUCCGUCACGCCAAAGGUGAAUGUGGUUGGAAGUCGCUUUGGAACACCAGAAUGGGACGAGUGCGUGGUGCUGUGAUGGAAUUUAGUGGGACGAUUGUGCUGCUGCUGCUACUAUUAGUCCAAUACAUUCCGUCUGCAGCAUGUGGGAAACCGUACGAGUACAUCAACCUACCGAAAGCGCACCUCCCGAUGUACUUUAAGCGCUUCCCGGCGUUGGAAAAACAAUGCGCGGAAGAUGAAACGUGUCCCUACCGGACGGUCAUUGCGAGCCAAAGUUACCAGAACCGAAAGGAGGGUUGCUGGGGGUACGAGGAAGGCUGUACGGAGCGGAAUCGGUACGCGAACCACAGCUGCCCCGGGAGCCACAUCGGAUACGUGAAGAGCAAGCAGGCCCAGCUGGACACGUUCUACAGCCAGGCGGAUUUCGGUUUUGUGCGCGAUCAGAUGCGCGAAACGCGCAUCAUGUGCGAACCACAGUUCCCGCACGAUUCGUCGCUCGAGUGCUCCAAGUACCUUCGCUUCUGCCGUGGCCGUAAUUUGAUGCUCAACUUCACCGACCUGGUCCACCGCACCGAACCGCUGCGCUACAAGAUGGACGUGCUGGGGCCGGGUCAGAUCGGUGGCCACUGUCGGCUGCACGGGGAACGGUUGCGGGACGAGCUGCAGCACAUAAGCCCGCUGCAGUCGUGGGGUCCGGAGUUGCGGUUUUUCGAGCGCCUCGAACGCCCCCCGAUCGAGACGGGCGUGUGCGAUGUGGUGAUCGAACGGCCCGCCUUCAUCAUGAAGAUCGAUGCGGCAAUCAAUAUGUAUCAUCACUUUUGCGAUUUUCUCAACCUGUACGCAUCGCUGCACGUGAAUCUGUCGCACGCGGGUGGCUUCGAUACGGACACGCAGGUGCUGGUGUGGGAAUCGUUCACGUACGCUUCGCCGUUUGCGGACACGUUUAAGGUGUUUAGCAAGCAUCCGAUUGCGGACCUGAAAACGUACGCCGGGAAGGUGGUGUGCUUUAAGAAUGUGGUGCUGCCGCUGUUGCCGCGCAUGAUCUUUGGGCUUUACUACAACACACCGAUCAUUUAUGGCUGUGAAAACAGUGGCCUUUUCCAUGCCUUUUCCGAGCAUGUGCUGCAUCGCCUAAAGGUGCGCAUGACGACCCGCCCCGACGAGCGGCUACGCAUCACGUUCCUUUCGCGUCAAACGCGCUACCGCAGAGUGCUCAAUGAGGACGAACUGAUGGCAAGAAUUGCAAAAAAUCCCAACUAUGCCGUGCAGCGUGUUAGCUACGGCCACGAUCUGCCCUUCGUGGAGCAGCUUCGCAUCACACGCAACACGGACAUCUUUAUCGGUAUGCACGGAGCGGGAUUAACGCAUCUGCUCUUCCUUCCCAAAUGGGCCACCCUGUUCGAGCUGUACCACUGCGAGGAUCCCAACUGUUACCGCGAUCUGGCACGGUUGCGGGGCGUUCACUAUCUCACCUGGGAGCGUGACCAUCUCGUGUAUCCGGAGGGGGAGGGCAAACAUCCCGAGCGGGACGAACGGCACGCCAAGUUCACCAACUACGCAUUCGACGUGGGCGAGUUCGAGCGGCUGGUGGCAAAGGCGGCAACGUAUGUGCAGGGACACGCGGAGUUUCAGAAGUUUCUAACCACAAACGCAAACCGGGCGGAUACGAAGAAGGACGAGCUUUAAACUUAACGAUACAAAACAUUCCGUGAUGAUGUGUGUGUGUUUUACCAGCGUUUACUUAUGAGAUUGGGGAAGGUGUUUCGAGACGAAUGCAACGAUACUCUCGCCUUAUUUUAACGCAAAAACAAACGAAAUCGGGAGGACAGCCAGUCUCCCGAACGGCUUCCUAAUAUUGUACACCUCGAAGCCGGUUAAGCUCGUUCUAUUGACGAAGCGAAACGGUUUUAUCGUACUUAAACGCCUUAAGCUUUACACAAAUGAUGAGAUUGGGUUGGAUGAAGGUGGAUCUGAUGGCUUUACGAUUAAUUAUACGCUCACGCAGGCUUAACUUAACGACAAAAGGGGAAUGUGAACAGUAUUUUUUAUGUCCAAAAAAUCGCAGAAUGUAAUAUCGUUUUA